AUGUUGGAAUUAGUUUCUCUCAGUAGCGUUUGUUAUGUGCCCCUUCUUCUAAAGAAACUAAGAGAAACUUCUGUGAACCAUUACAGGUAUACGGGAAGAUUCAUGAAUGUUCAUUUAUCAAAAAAGUCAUUGGGAGAUAACAAACCAUCUGACAAGUAUCCUGAGGCUUUCAGAGAAGCUAUCCGUAGCACAUCAAUCCAGCAGUUCCCAACUGAAGGCGGUCAGCAGCUUUUAGAUCAUUAUGCGGCUCACGCUGGAUGUGGCCUAUCAAAACUCCACCCAGCCGUAGCGUUGAAUUCUCUUCGUGCAGACUCCGAGUUCAACAUCAGCCUCCCCGCUGCCGGUGAAACGAGAUUAAAAGCGCUGCGAAAGGCGGAGUCGAAACGACAGCAAGAUAAAUGUAUGGAUGAACUGAAAACUGUUCUGGAAAGAGUGCGACUAGCUAUGGACGAGUUUAACACAGCGCAGGCCGAGUUAGAAGUUCCGGAAAGCCCUGAUCUGGAAUACGAAGCAGAAGAAGAAGAGAAAAGGCAGCGAAAGAAGAAACUGAAGAGAAAAAGGAGGAGAGAGCAGAGAAAAAUCAGACAUAAAAAAGCUAGUUCAAAAGAAACCCUUAAAGGGCGGGAGAAAAAUGCUGAAGAGAAGUCGGCCAAAUCAGAAAAAGAAUCAGGGAGCUCUAGUGACGAGGGAGAUGAAGACAGCGGUGAAGAGAAGGAGAAAAAUGCUGAAGAGAAUUCGGCCGAAUCAGACGAAGAAUCAGGAAGCUCGAGUGACGUGGGAGACGAAGACAGCGGUGAAGAUGAAGACAACGAUGAAGACCAAGGUGCCGAGGAGGAAGAUAGACAGGGGGAGAACUGGACCAUGACGGGACAGAUCAAGCGUAAAGUAUCUCAAAGGAUGUUAGUAAAGCAAUCAAAGCGCCGCCGAGUUCAAAAGCUUAUUACGUCUUAUAUGGACCUUUGUAUCGAAAGAGAAGAUAUUAUACGGCAAAUGCAGUCGUGGAUCGAAUCAACAGUUGACGAGGAGCUUCUCAAACCAGCUCGGAUCUUCUUGUUCAGCCCUGAUCUUCUAUUGGAUGAUCUGCCUCUUGGUCUUACUUCAGAUAUGCAAGCACACGGUAACACGUUAGUGCGACUGAAGGGUAUAGCUGACUCAUUGGGGAUUGGGACGGGUUCGACUGAAGACGAAUCGGACGAAAGCACACCACAGGUCAAAGGUCAAAAAGGGCUUCGCAUCGUGAAACGAUUUUCUAAUGUGGAGGAACUCGACAUUGGAGAUAACUGGAUCCAGGUCCAAGGGGAUGUAGAUAAGAUUCUUGAGCACGCAAUAAAAACUGUUCCUGUGCGAACGGUUCGCCUGAAUUUAGAAGUCGCCAGAAAGUACUUUUCAUUGAUGACAAAAUUGAUGACUAAGAGAAAUGAAACCAUUCAUCAGUUGGACGAGAAAAUUGUCGAUCUUGAGUGCAAUGUAGUAAAAUCCAAGAAACAAAAUGAAGAAUUAAGGAAGAACAAUAAAAAAGCCAAAGUGAAAGCUGAAAAACUUCAAUACCAGAAUCAAGACCUGCAAAACAACGUGAAAGAACUGCAAAACAUGAUCAAUAACCUCAACGAAAAGUUGGAUGCCUACAAGAAAAAAGAGUCACACGGUUUAUUUAAAAGCAGCAGUGAGUCCAUGGCAAGUUCGAAGGAAAGCAUAGAGAGGGUUUCGGUCGUCAGUCUUGUGGAUGAACCAUCACAGCAGCUCGCUCCAACAGGAGAAAAAGUUUCCAUACAGACCCCUAAACCAUCUAAAUCGAAAGUUGUUAUUGAGAGCGAUUCCAGAGCUCCAGUUGCUGCGCCAAACAGCGAAGAAAGUAAGAAAGAAAUAUCUCAGCUGAGAGAGAGAUUGGAAAGAAUACAGGACGAGUUAAAAGUCGAAAAAGAAAAAUCUACAGCUUUCGAAAACGAAUUCGUAUCACUACAAUCAGAAAAAGUGAAAGUCGAGCAAGAACGAAGUGAACUGGAGAUAAAGCUGGAAAACAUUCAACGGGAACAUGAACGGGCAGUGGAAGAGUCGGUUGAAAAAUUGGAAGACUUGGAAAGGGAGAACAAAAGGAUGACAGGCGAGAUAGAAUGCAACGAAGAGAUGAUCAAAUAUCAGGAGGAAAGACUCGGUCAGUUUAUGGAAGAAAUCCAAAGCCUCGAGGAACGAAUGAUGUCCUUUCCCCCUACUCCUGCCACAAUGAGUGUCGCGAGCAUGGCGGGGGCAACGCGGCGUGAACGCAGGAAAACCUCAUUGCAACUGGGUCUAGAGCCACAGACAGCGCGGCAAAUGGUUGCUAAAGUAAAACAACAGUAUGAGGCUGAACUACAGAGUCUGAAAGAUCACCAGGCUAAAGAAAAUCAACGACAUCAAGCUGAAUUACGACGAUUGGAGCAAGAACACAAGAAAGACCUGCAAAAUAUCCACAAGGAAUCCUUGCAGUUACUACGGGCUCUCAACAGAUUCAAAGACGGUGUCGCAUCGCUACUGGAUAGGGAGAAUAUGGGUGAAGAGGCGCAUAAUAUUCGUUGUCAUGCGCCACUUCCGCUGGACGAGAAUUUUGGGGACACACGACAGAUGUUAGCACGCAUGGCUAUCUUGGCCAAUGAGAUGAUGAUUUCAGUGGAAUUACAACUUUCCAGGGGACUCAUGAGUAAGCGAUUGGAAUCAAAGGAUCCACAUAUGGGUCGAAUGGAUCAGUCAACUGAGAGGAAAAUGCCGAGGGAUCAUGGCUCGAUUGCGCGAAGAGGAACACUAGGACAGCUACGUAUUGAUGGCAAACAAGUAGAACUUCAUGUGUGGAAACUCUUAGAGGAGGGGAACCGACAAGAAGUUAUGGAAGUCGUCAAAGAAUUACAAACCAAGGUUUCAGAGGUAGAGCAAACAGUUGAAAAAGUUAAAAAAGUGGACGAGGAGAAGAUACAGAAGAAAGAAUCACAGCUGCAGAGAGUUUUGAGAAGGGAAUCAGAAACAAGAAAAAGCGUAGACGAGCAAAAGAGUAUUAUAAAGAACUUAGCUGCCAUUUGGAAAAGCCGCAGAAUAGGACAGAAGUAUAUUCGCCGUGAGGAUCAGCAAAGAAACCUGGAACUGCUUCAGCAAGCGAUGAAAGAAGAUCAAAUUUCAAAAGAGUUAUACGAGUCUACAACAAAACUGAUCAAGCAAGCUAUGGAUUAUCCUCGCAAACGCUUCAUUGAACUUGUUGAGAGGUACGUGUAUCACCGACGCGUCAAAGAAAUACAAGAAAACGUGCAGAAAAUGAGAGAGGAAUCCAACAUCAAUGAAAGAGUACUAUUGGCUAUGAAGGAUGCGGAAGAGAGAAUGAUCAGAGCCGCUUAUGGAAAAAGUUAUUGUAACACCUGGCUUUGA